UACUAUUCCUAAAUCAUCCAUUUGAAAAUUUUUUUGGUGCAUCACAUGAUACAGAAUCACAUGCACAGUCAUGUGCCCGCGCACGAGAGAAAAAAAGUAAUCAAAAGAAAAAAGUCAAUUAAUUUGAUUGGGUGAAGGAUUUGAAGUGAAAAUAAUAGACAUUAGAACUUGAAGGUUGAUCUUAUAGAUUAUCAGUUAUUACCAUAAAGAUUAGUGAUGUCUGAACCUAUUGAGGCUACUACAACUGAGGUAGUAUACCCAGAUUCUACAUUUAAAUUCCCAAAUCCAUUGGCUAAUUUCACCAAUGCUAGUGCAUAUCCUCCAUGGAAACCAGUAGAUACUAAAAAGCAAACUCUUCAAGUAUUUAAAUUUGGAUUUUAUACAACUGUUGGUGCUUAUGCAUGGUUAUAUUUAUGGAAAAGAACUACUUUUAAAAUUGAAUUACCAUUAGCAGCAGUUGGAUUUUUUACAGUAGCUACUGGUACUAAAGGUAUUAUCACUAAUUUAAGAGAAAAGAAUGAUGGAUGGAAUACAUUUUGGGCUGUUGGUGCUGGUAACUUAGCUUGUUUAACAGUUGGUUUCAGAUCUAUGCCUCCAAAACAUAAAGUUUUAACUGGUAUUUUUGGUGCUUCCGUUACUGCUUUACUUGAUCAUGCAUAUUGGGCUCAAUCAACUAGUUCAGCAGGUCAAAAUGUUAAAUAUUUACCAGCUAAUACAGAUGAUGAAGUUGACAAACAACAAUUUUGGGAUGUUUGGAAGAGAAGACCUUUAUCACAAACUGUUGAAAGUUUAGGUGCUGGUCGUGGUAUCUUUAAACCUUAAGUAGUCAUUCAUUACUUUUCUUCUUUACAGCAUUAAUUUUUAUUAUUCACAUAGUAUUUAUAUCACACACAACAAUUUACAAACAA